AUGAGAGCGAUCGUGUCUGAGUUACGCGACGUCGUAACCGGCUGGCCGCACUUGCUGUCUUCGAUCCGUACGGAAAUUCGACGGGAUCGGGAGCGCACAUUGGACAAUCACAAAGACAACAUGAACCAUCUACUGCACCUGCACGGUAAGAAACAGAACUCGAAGUACAAGCUAACCCGUCCUGCGCUCUUCACGCCAAAUCUGAGGUUCCUGCAGGGCUCUCCAUCUUCCCGAUCACGGUCCCCGACCAACAGAGCCGGUAGAAGUCUUUCGCCCUCACCUGUUUCCUCCUCCGGUGGCGGGCCACGACAUCGUGGGUUGAAACAACCCGUAGUUCUGCAAUCGCCUGUCGUUUCGGCGAGAUCUACGGGAGAUGACGUUAGAGGACAGCAAGCCAUUCCGACAGCGCCACAAAUCGACGAAGAGCUUG